CAAUGCAUCUCAAUUAUAAAUUGCUAAAAUACGUCUGAGAAUAGUUUUAUGUCCAAUUAAAAACCACAAGCUGGUUAUAUUUUGAUUGGAAAACAAAACAAAAUGUUUCUGAUGAGGUAGACAUAAAACGUGGGAGCCUGAAAGGGGAAGGAGAAGACCCGAGAAGGAAGGGCAAAAGAACAGAAGAGUUCAAAAGACAAAAUGUAAGGGGUAAGUUCGUAAUUAACAACUUCAUGUCUUAAGGAAAGAGAAGCAGUUAAACGUGCAAGAAGCAGCCUCUCCACACACAAAAACCGCGACAUCAUCAAAGACAAACAGGACAUCCCAACAAAGCUUUCCUUUACAUCUUGAAUCCUGGUCGGAAUGUAUCACCGUUUGCCGUCUCUAAUGGAGCCGUUUCUCCGCAGUGUCUCGGCGCGUUUGCCGGUCAUCGUUCAAGCUACAACGUGGACGGUGCUGUUAAUGUUCACUGUAGCAGUCGCGUCUUUCGCUCCGGAGUUGGCGUUUGUGUCUACGGUGUCGUCUUCGUGCGGGGGAGGAGAUGGGUUCGUGAAGAUUCCGAUGGAUUUUCCGGGGGAGAGUGUGUGUGUUCCGUCUCACAUGGUGAAGAGAUCGCGUUUCGAUUUGUUCGUGCCUUCUAUUUUCGCGGGGGUUAUGGUCACGGCGUCUGCAUGUUUGAUCCGAUCAUGUUUUGGGACAGAGAACGUGGACGAUGUAUGAAAAUUAUAAUGAAUACAUUUUAUUUUUUUAUAAAAUAAUUUGCAAAGCUUUUACCAAAAAUAAAAUUUGCAAUGCAAAAACUAGAUAACCGUUUAUUUGUCCAAUUUGAGACAUUAUACGCUGAUUCUUUUAAGCUGAGUCGUAUGAUAUU